AGAUCAAAAAAAGAACAUAAUCAAAGUUGAUACAACAAACAAAUAGCCUUCCAGCAUUUUUAUAAUGAUAAGUUAAAUGAUGGCAGAGUGGAAUGCAUGGACAGAUGACCAGUUAAAAACUUACAAUUUCCCAAUUCAUCCACUACCUAUCUGUUCUGUUAAUGAUCCACAGGCUGAGGAACUCAUCAAGGAGCAAAAACCAGUUGUAAUCAAAGGAAGUGAAUUGAUCUCUACAGCGCAAAAAUGGGAUUUGGAAUAUUUGAGGGAACACAUUGGAGAUGGAGAGUUCACCGUUUAUGAAUCUGAUAGUGAGAGUUUUAAAUACUAUGAUGAUAAAAAAGUUAUUGAUGGUUUCACUCCACCGAUGAAGCAGAGGCGAAUGAUUUUUUCCGAGUUUUAUGAUGCCAUUAAGAAUAAGAAUAGAACUAAAAAAUACUACCUCCAGCAACCUCUGAAUGAUAAAGUCGGUCCUCAGAUCGUAGUCGACUUUAUAAACUUCAAUUGGAAGUGGAUCAAACAACAGCAGAUGAACAAUAACUGGGGACCACUAACAUCCAAUCUACUGCUCAUCUCUGAAGAAGGCAAUGUAACGCCAUGUCACUAUGAUGAACAGGAAAAUUUCUAUUCUCAAGCCAAUGGAUACAAAAGAGUCAUUCUUUUUCCUCCAUCCCAGUAUAAAUAUUUGUAUCCUCAUCCAGUAUACCAUCCACACGACAGGCAGAGUCAAGUUGAUUUUGACGAACCAAACUUGAAAUUGUUUCCAAAGUUCAAGAAGGUUGUUGGUUUCGGCACUGUCCUCGGUCCUGGAGAUGUCUUAUAUCUGCCUUCUUACUGGUUUCAUUAUUUUGAGACUUUAAAGAACAGUGGAAUUGCCACUGCAAUAACUUUCUGGUACAAAGCAGCUCCUGUGGGCAACAUAACCUACCCGUUGACGGCAGUGCAGUUGAUGGCCAUGAUGCGAAACACAGAGAAGAUGAUUCUAGAGGCUCUGAAGGACUACAAACAGGUCGACAUCUUCUGGAACAUGUUGGCAGCCGGCAGAUACUGCAAGGAUGUUCAAGAUGAUACAGAUGAUGAAGACGCCGGUGUUGGCAAUGAUGCCAGUGUUGUUGCCAAACUCGGUGACAUAGGUCGUUGCACUGGCCACGGUGAUGAGGCGAAAAAUGUUUAA